GAUAUCGCCGCCAAGGUGUUCAAGGACGUAGUGGACACAAGAGCACUGGUCGGUAAAAACGAUGAAGCGAAAGCUGCUGCUUGUUUGUAUAUUGCCUGCAGAAAGGAAGGCGUCCCUCGAACUUUCAAAGGUCGNAGUCCAACAACAUGUUUCGAACUUUCAGAGGUUUGCGCUGUUUCGAGGGUUUCUAAGAAGGAAAUCGGACGUUGUUUCAAGUUAGCGAUCAGAUCUUUGGAAACAAAUUUGGAACAAAUCACUAGCGCUGACUUUAUGUCCCGAUUUUGUGGUAAUCUCGGACUGUCACACCGUUUGCAAAUGAUCGCAACACGAAUCGCAAAAAAAGCUGUUGAAAAGGAUCUCGUUGCCGGGAGAAGUCCUAUUUCAAUAGCCGCAGCGGCAAUUUAUAUGGCAUCACAAGCAUCCGCCAAUGAGAAGCGAAAUGCAAAAGAAAUUGGAGCCAUAGCCGGAGCAGCCGAAACGACCGUCAAACUGACCUACAAGCUGAUGCUUCCGUUUGCUCGUCAACUUUUCCCGGACAACUUCAGCAUAUCCUCCAUCAACGCACUUCCACAUCAGUGA